AUGUUUAAUCUACUCUCAGUCUCAGAAACCACAGCGGCCGUGAAACGAGCAGCGGGGAUAGAAACGGAAGGAGAGGGGACGCAGGAGCAAGGAGCAUCAGGAGGACCCAAGCAGUCUCAAGAUGAAGACGAGAUACAAGGGCCGAUUGAACAGCCGAUCCCACCAUCAAAGACCCCGGCGGCAAAGAAACAAAAGAAGGUGACUGUACCGAAAGGGCCGACGAGGAAGAUCGCGACUCGCUCUACGUCGCGAGCACCGGAGGAGGUUGAAGAGGAAGUAGCGGGGAGGUUGGAGGAGAUCGAGGAGGCAGGGUCAGGGGGGAAGAAUGGAGAGAAAGAGGGAAUAGAUUUGUCAGGAGGGGGGCUAGAGGGGGACUCGGCACGGAUUGGUCUAGGUAAGUAA